UAGCAACAUUAACGCAUUGGCAACAUUCGCUGCAGUUGGCAACAUACGCUCUCAAUAGCCAAAGUCGACGGGGCAGCAGAAUCGGUCACAUUCGAUUUUCGCCCUAAGCUCUAAAUUCGCUGCGACUGCUGCCGGCUACGCACACACACACACCAACCCACACACACACACAGGAUGCUGCUCAAUACUUACGCAACGCUGGCGACAUCUGACGGCGUAAUUAGCCAACACUAACCGUAGCUGCUCGAAUUCGCAUUCAAACAACAACAACGACUAACGGCAAAAAGGGCAGCCAAAGAGAUAAGAAGAAGCAGCAGCGGCAGCGGCAGCGGCAGCAACAGCCAUGGCCAACAACAGCAACUCGUCGGCAACCGCAUCGCUGGCCACAACGCCGGCGACGACGCCAACAGCGCUGACAACGGCGGCAACAACAGCCAAACGGUUGGGCUACACGGCCCCCGCGGCCACCGCGUCGGUCAUCUGCGAGGAGGUCUUCGAUGAGGCCUGUUUGCCAUCUUCCGAGGAGAUAAACGAUUAUGCGACUCUGAUUGGCAUCGAGCCGAGCAAGGAGCCGCAUCUCUUGUAUCUGGCCAAGGAGGGGCUUAUGGCCGCAUUGCCCCCAGAGUGGAAGAUCUGCUAUUCGGAGGAGAAGAGCGGCCAUUAUUAUUACAAUACGCGGACAAAGCAGUCGCAGUGGGAUCAUCCGUUGGACGCCGUCUAUCGCGACCUGGUGGAGCAGACGCGCCAGCGGCUGCUGUUGGGCACCGGGUCAGCUGGGGCUGCCACGCCCAUUAUUGAUAAUUCCGACGAUGUGUCGCAGCUGGACUCGGGCAUACGCAGCAUGCAGGGCACCGACGAGCUGCUGGACGACAUGAGCUCGCCCCUAAACAAUGUGGCCAGCCACCAGCUGGCAGCUGGCACAGCAGCAGGAGCAGGAGCAGGAGCAGGAGCUGGAGCUGGAGCUGGUGCUGGGAGCAGCGGCAGCAAGUCGCAUGCCAGCACAUCUGCCGCUUUUCCGGGUCCCAGCGGGUUUAGCGGCGGGGUCAGCCGCUUCCUGGAGACGCGCGGCAAGAGCUUCGGGCCGAUCUUCCAGCCGGUGAAGAACACGCGCUUCGAGGUGGCCAAAACGAAUACGCAAAUCAGUUUGGCCAUGAAAUUCGGAUCAACGUCGGCGGGCAGCUCCCUGGCGGAGUCACAGCCUCAGUCGCAGUCGCAGUCGACGCUGGAGCAGCGCAAGAGCGGAUUUCAGCUAUCCGGCACCGGGGCCAUGUUCCUCAAGUCGCGCCGCCAGCUGGAACCAACGGGCGCAACGGAGGCGGGCGGAAAUCUGGUGACGGGCAAUGCCUAUGGCGUCAAGGGCAUAUUGCGGGACACCAGCUUAACGGACAUGCGACGUCGCUACGAACGGGACGAGGACUCCACGACGACAACAACAACAACGACGGCGGCGGAGGAUAAGAAGAGCGUGCGCUUCAAUCUGGUGGAGACGCAGCGCAUCUGCAGUUCGCCCGUUGAGGAGGAGAAUGCGCGCAAGCAAAACCAAUCCCCAGAGCUGUCGGACGAGGAGGCGGCCGAGGUGGAGCACGAGGAGCAGCACGAACAGCAGCAGGUAGCUGAGGACGAGGACGAGGACGAAGACGAAGAGGAUGUGGCAGCAGAGCACGAAGACAAUGCCGAUGUCGACGACGACGUGGAGGAGGAGGAGGAGGACGAGGAGGACGAGGAUGAGGAUGACGACGACGAUGAUGUCUGGGACGAGGAUGUGGCCGACCCGGACGCCAUGGUGGGCAUGUGCAGCCUGAAUCCCUUCAUCAGUGACUCGCCAAAAGGCAUCCGGAUCAUCAGCCUGCCCAAGGCGCAGACCAUACAAAUGCUGAAGGCGCAGGAGGAUCUGCCCGGCCACCAGCUGGGCGGCAAGGCAGACCGGCUGCCGGGCGAGACGAGUAGCUAUCUGGACAAGCUGAAGGAGUGCGCCGGCGGGGCGACAGUGAAGCCCCUGUACGAGGACACCGACUCGGACUCGAAGGGCAGCUCGGUGCGCAGUUUCAUUAUCAACAAAUCGGAGCAGGAUAAUCCCUUCGACCACGGCCACGAUCUCGAGCAGCUGCAGCGCAAAUCGAUGCAGGCCCAGGCGCAGAUGGCCAGCGAAAAGCUGGGCCUGCGCAGCCUCAAAAUGGCCAGCAAGCUGGUCGGUCUGCUCAAGAGUAAGGAGCAGCAGCAGGGGCAGCAGCAGGGGCAUGCUCCCGUCGGUAGCGAGAUGCUCAGCGAGGCGGCUGCACUGCAUCAGCUGCAGCUGCAGGACAUGGAGGCCAUCAAGCGGGAGCACGAGGCGCGCCUCAAGAGCCUGCGCCACGAGUACGACUCGCGGCUGAGCGCCCAUCAGCACCAGCUGGAGGAGGCGUUCCAGCUGCAGCUGGAGGAGUAUCGCGGCCAGCUGGAGCAGCAGCUGCAGUCGAAGCGCGCCCAGGUGGUGCACGAGCACAAGCAGCGCAUGGCCACGCUGCAGACGAACCAUGCCGAGCUGCUGCACGAGCUGGAGCGCGAUCUGCGCUCCGAGCAGGAGCUGCUGCGUCGGGAGCACGCCACAAAGCUGAGCCAGAUGCGCGACAAGCUCAGCCACGAGCUGGAGCUGGAGAAGCAGCGGCUGCGCGACAAUGGCGAGGAGCGCCUCUACGAGAAGGUGCGCUGCGAGAAGCGCCUGCUGGAGGACAAGUAUCGCUGCCUCAAGGAGAAAUAUGUGCGGCUCAAGACCGACGUCAAGCUGUCGCUGGAGCGGCGCAGUCGACGCCGUGAGGCGCAGGCGCUGCAGCAUCAUCACCAGCAGCGGCUGGAGCGCGGCCAGGAUCAGCAGCUGGAGCAGCAGCUGGACCAGCAGCUGGAGCAUGGCCAGAGCAAUACAACGCAUACAACAACCACAACCAACUCGGAGACGGAACGCUCGCUCUCGCAGAAGCCAUCGAUUGGCAACAGCGAGAACCGUUCGCUCAGCUACUCGGAACAGGCGACAGCCGGAGCUAUCGGCGGCAAGCUGAAGCCGCCUGUGCCGCCCAAGACGCACCUGAGCAAGCCGCCGGGCAUUGCCAGCAAGUACAUCAAGCAGCUGCAGCUGCAGGACGACACGAACACCUCGCUCAGCCAGUCGGACACGACCAUAUCCAACAACUACAGCAAGGGUCGCUAUCUGGCGGCGCCCACCACCACCGCGAGCACCGUCGUCGUGCUCAGCGAUAACGGCAACUCCGACUCGGAAGCGGCGCGAGACCAGCAACAUCAGGAGACCAACAACAGCAGCAACAGCAACAACAACAACAACAACAACAGCAAUAACAACAACAACGGCAAUAACAAGUUGUCGACGCCCCGCAAGAAACUGUUCUCGCGGACGAAGUCGGCGUCGACGUCGCGCCUCAAUUCGGAUAACUUCAAGCAGCAGGUGGAGCAGCAGCGUCCGUGCACGCCGGUCGAGAAUCUGCGGCAUCAGCUGCAGAAGCUCGAGGAUCUGGAGGAUCAAUUCCCGGAGCACACGCUGGACACCACCUAUCAUCUGCGCUAUCCGUUCACGGACAUCACCGGGGAGCAUGCGACAGCUGUUGGCUCCGUGGUUGGCUCCGAGCUGGAGUUCUUUAAGCAUCGCAUCCACUUGGAGCGCGACUCGGUGCGCCGGGCCAAGGAAUCGCUGCGCACGCAGCGCACCAACUUUCGGGCACGCCAGCGCGAGAUAAAGCAGCGCCACAAGAGCCUGGCACUGGCCGCCGCCACCCGGCACUCCUUGGACCAGCUCAUUCAGGAGGAGAAGGAGCUGACCGAAAUGGAGGUGAAUCUGCAUCGGACGCGUGCGCUGCUCGGCGAGAAGGUCAUCCGCUUGCGUCACCUCGAGCAGAGCCUGUUGCGCAUCUACGAGAAGGAAAAGCAGCCGAGUCUCGAGCCGGAGCCCAAGGACGAGGCUGCCACGCUCAGCGAUCUGUCCUCGCACUCCAGCUCCGGCUUCAGCAGCACUGACUUCGCCAGCGGCGCCGAUCUGCACAAGCGCAAGGAAUACUUCCAGCAGGAGUCUAACGAAUGCAUACAGAAUCUCGAGAUACUCAAUGCCGAAAUACGCGAAAUCCUCGACAUACUCAGCCACAAGCAGCAGCUCCAGCACCAGCAGCAGCUCCAGCAGCAGCAGCAUCCGCAUCCGCAUCAUGCGCAACUGCAUCAGGCACAUGGCCUGGCCAUGGCCAUGCCGCUGAUCUCGCCCAACGAGCUCAGCUGGUCGCACAUGCUCAGCCAGCAGUCAUCCCUGGGCGCCACACCCGGCACGGCCACGGUCACGGGCAACGGCAGCGGCACGGCCAGCGCUGGAUCCAAUCCGAGCAUCAGCGGCAGCGCGCUGCAUGCACCGCAAUCGAUACCGACGCUGGCGGAUCGUUUGGAGACCUAUCGCCAGCUGGCCGCCGGGCGCAUGCACAGCUCGAUGGGCGGCGCGAUAUUGGCGGCCAAUACGAUUGUGUCGCAGAGUCCGCGCGCCGUCAACUACACGACCAGCCUGGUGGAGCGGACCCGCGACUUGCGCAACUGGCUGCGCCAGGCGAAGACCGAGCACGAGCUGCUCACCGGCAUGGGUGUCCAGCACGGCUUGGCCCUCCAUGCGGCCACCACCAGCAGCAGCUCGGUGCCCGGCAUCAGCGGCAUCAGCGGCAUCGGCGGCAUCGGCGCCGCCGUCGGUGGCCAUUCGGCUGCCAGCGGGGGGGCGGUGGGUGGUGGUGCGGCGGCGGCGGCGGCGGCGGCGGGCGGCAAUUGCUCGACUGCUGCCCAAACUAAUUUGUAAGCGCAAGCCCCAAGCACGCACAUCUAGUCCAUGGACAGAGUCUAUAGAUACCCUCUAAAAAGAUAAGUAGCUGUAUUUAGCCCAUUUUUAUGCCUUUUGUGUCUGCCUUUUACUCAGCCUAGCAUUGUUUUUCACUGAGUUGCCACAGCUGCGCGCAUACCCUGUAAAUGCUUUUACAGGGUAUAUCCUCGUGCAGCUUGAUUGUUUUAGUUAUAUCUAAGUUUUAAGUGUUUGGACAACUUGUUUUAAGCUAGUAAGUUGACUAACCUACCAUAAAAACGAAUAUCUAUAUAUAUAUACAUAUAUACCCUAUAAUUUAUUGCAUAUAAGGUAUGCCCACAGUUGGCCCGACCAAGCGGCGCUCAACUAGAGAAAUCACAGUCGAAUGGCAAACAAAAGCGAAAUCAUUGAGAUUCUAACUAAGUACAUUAACUGCAAGUUAAUCUGACUGUCAUAGUUAAUUAGCAGCUUACACUGAAAGAAAAAUAAUCAUAAUUAGUCAGCCAAAUAAUUGAUUGUUGCAAAUAUUUGGGCCCCGCAAAUGUUUAGCCAACCAAUUCGCAUCAAGUUCACAAAAAGCUCUCGAAAAUGCGAAUAAACCAAGAGAUAUUCUAAAAAAAAAAUAUCUAUAAAGCAAAUAGAUAAAAGACAGAAUAGAAGAUAAACCAAAUAAAAACAACUAACUUCGGCGCGCCAAAGUUGAAUUACGCUUGCAGAGCUGAAGCCCAUAUAUAGCCGGAAAUAUUUCCAUAUGAAAAAUCUUAUUUACUUUUUGAUUUUUUACCUGUUUAUGCAAUGAUAUUGUGGUCCGUUAUUAACAAGAUUUUGCGGGGAUCUUAAACGCGAAGUAAAGCUACGUUUAGUAAGUAACUAUAUAAAAUAGUUGUCCGAUUUGAGUCUGAAGUUUGACUAUAUCUUUUCAAUGCCAAGAGGAUAACUUAUAGGCUAUAUUGGCACGAUCCAGCCCAUUCCGAUUUCUAGCUGAACCAGAAUAUAUAUAUCAUAACGGUAUACGCCUGCAAGCGUGUAAAACCUAGAUAGUUUUGUGUACUCUUAUAUUUUAUAUAAAUAUAUAAAUAAUUAUUUUGAUAUAAUUUCUGAAUCUGACUAAAAACUUAAAAUGCACAACUAAAUACUUUAUAUAGCAACUUGAAGAACUAUCAAAAACUAUAUGUGUUAUAUAAUUAACAAUGAUGAAUUAAAAAAUACCAAAGACAUCAAAA